UGGCGGCGCUCGCGAGAGGCGGGUGGCGCGGCUGCCCGUAGCUAUGGCAGCGGGGGAUGAGCGCGCCCGGCGGGACCCGCGCGCGGGGACAGGUAGGGAUUGAAACUGCUCCUGGGGUGCUGGGGAUUCCUCUCGUCCCGUCCCGUCCCGUCUCGUCCCCUCAGGAGAAACCGCGGCCAGGCCCAGCUGUUCACUGGCUGCUUGACCGUGUGCCCGGAGCCUCGCCGGUGGCGACCCCCGCUCUGUGCAGCGGCGCAGCCCCCGCCCCCCUCGGCCGGGCCGCAGCGAGGUCGGUGCGGGACUCGGCCGGGCCCGGAUCCCGGCCCGACCGCCGGCGGGACUGUGAGUGAAGGGCUUCUCUGCUCUGCACGCCCUCAGAAGAGAAAAGGAGCAGCAGGAACGAGAAAAAGAGAAUACUAGAGGCUAAACAGCUUUCUGGCACGGCUGGGCAUUCCGAUUGCAAAAGGAGGAUCAGGAGAAGAAGUUUCUAAAGACCGCAUGCAGAAUUAGAAGAACUGUAUUGGAGACUUUCUGCUUCUUUAAAGCUCUUCGCUCUCACGUUCUGGAGUUACUUCUUUUUCCCCUGUGAGGAUAAUGUCUCUUUCGUCACUCAAGAUAGAUGUAACUGAAAGGGAGCUGCCAAGGUUGUGUUUUAGUUUCUUUCUCCCUUACUAAUUGGAUUUUUCCCAUCUUCUGCAGUAGGAUUAUAGAAGGAUUACAGAAGCUGUGUUUUUGGGGGUGUGGGAGGAAGUUGUUGUUUUUCUUGUCUUGAGUCUGGGACCUCCUUGAUUUGCCAUUUGUUCUCUGAAGUUACUGCCUGUUUGGAAGAGGGAGAAGCAGCAUAACAUGAACUUGCACAACCAUGGAUUCCUUCCCUUUGCAAAUGGUCUAUGUGGCUGCUUGUAAAGGAGGUUUUUGCAUGCGUUAGCAGCAAAUGAAGAAUAGCAUCCCAGACUGGAUUUAAAAGAAGCCAACUCCUUGAGUCCUGGCAAAAGGAUAAAUACUGUUUCAACUAUAGUUUAAAGAGGAUUGGAUGUUGUUCCAGUUUUGAAUUUUUUGAAAGGAAGGAUCUGAUCAAAUCAAAUAUUCUGCCAGCCUAAACCUGCAUUUUCUACAGCUGAAACUGGAAGAUGUCUUGGAAAAGAAAUUACUUUUCUGUGGGUCGGGGGAAUGUACAGGGCAUGUUUACUCCACGAAAUACCACCUCAAUAGCACCCAGUAAAGGUCUCAGCAAUGAACCAGGACAGAACAGUUGCUUCCUGAAUAGUGCGCUACAGGUUCUUUGGCACCUGGACAUUUUUCGCCGCAGUUUCCGGCAGAUCACAACGCACAAAUGUAUGGGUGAUUCUUGCAUCUUCUGUGCUCUUAAGGGUAUAUUCAACCAGUUUCAGUGUAGUAGUGAGAAGGUACUGCCUUCUGAUGCCCUGCGCACUGCUCUCGCAAAGACAUUUCAGGAUGAGCAACGUUUCCAGCUGGGCAUCAUGGAUGAUGCUGCUGAAUGUUUUGAAAACCUGCUAAUGCGAAUUCACUUCCACAUUGCAGAUGAGACAAAGGAAGAUAUUUGCACUGCACCACAUUGUGUUUCCCAUCAGAAGUUUGCAAUGACUUUAUUUGAACAGUGUGUUUGUACCAGCUGUGGUGCCACCUCUGACCCGUUACCUUUCAUCCAGAUGGUACAUUAUAUUUCCACAACCUCACUCUGCAAUCAAGCUAUUUGUAUGCUGGAGAGGCGAGAGAAACCAACUCCGGAUAUGUUUGGAGAGCUCCUGCAGAACGCCAGCACUAUGGGGGACCUGCGAAACUGUCCAAGUAACUGUGGGGAAAAGAUCCGUAUUCGUCGUGUGCUGAUGAACUCGCCACAAAUCAUCACCAUUGGCUUGGUUUGGGACUCAGACCACUCUGAUCUGGCUGAAGAUGUGAUUCACAGUCUGGGAACUUGCCUUAAACUGGGAGAUCUCUUCUUCAGAGUAACUGAUGAUAGAGCAAAACACUCAGAGCUGUAUUUGGUGGGAAUGAUUUGUUACUAUGGAAAACACUAUUCAACCUUCUUCUUCCAAACUAAAAUCCGCAAGUGGAUGUACUUUGAUGAUGCUCAUGUCAAAGAGAUUGGUCCAAAAUGGAAGGAUGUUGUGACAAAGUGCAUUAAGGGUCACUAUCAGCCUUUGCUGCUGCUCUAUGCAGAUCCAAGAGGAACUCCAGUGUCAACACAAGACUUGCCCCCUCAGGUGGAUUUACAGCAAUAUAGCAGGACUUGCUAUGACAGUGAAGACUCGGGGAGAGAACCUUCCAUCUCGAGUGAUACACGGACAGAUUCCUCUACAGACAGCUAUCCUUAUAAACAGGCACACCAUGAGUCUGUGGUCAGUCACUUCUCCUCUGACUCCCAGGGGACAGUCAUCUACAAUGUGGAGAAUGAUGCAGCUUCACAAAGCAGCAGGGACACAGGCAUUGCAGCUAUCUGGGAAGGGCGCUUUCAUCACCAGAAUCCCUCAUGCUUGGGAACUCAGGACUUUCUGUGCCACCUGACUGACAGUGAGUGCAAUCAGAGGCAUGUUUCAAAGAAGAGCUCGCUGGCAGACCGCAAGAGGAGUUCUAGCCGGUCUAGGCGGAAAGGAGAUGAGGCUCAAUCAUCAGGAUACCAUAGUGAAGGAGAAACCUUGAAGGAGAAACAAGCCCCCAGAACUGCCCCCAAACCAUCCAGCAGCACCAGCAGGCUGAGGGAAUUUAAAGAGACAGUGAGCAACAUGAUCCACAGCAGACCACAGCAGAUUUCUCAUACCAUCCAGAAUUCCCCUCGUGGAGGGAGUAGUGUGGAUCAGGCAGAAACACGACCCUCAAAAAGCCUGCCUGCGCACGCUCGAGACUGGGAAGUGGAGAGUACCAGUAGUGAGUCUAAAUCCAGUUCAUCUAGCAGGUACCGGCCAACGUGGAGACCCAAAAGAGAGUCUCUGAAUAUAGACAGCAUCUUCAGUAAAGACAAGAGGAAACAUUGUGGCUACACUCAGCUUAGCCCUUUCUCCGAAGAAGCAGGUAAAGAACUUACUGAGAAUGAGGUGAAAGAACACACUGUUCAUGAAACAAGGUCAAGCCAGUCAAAUGUCAGAUACAAGCGUGGUGUGCUGGGCCGGGGCACCCAGUACCAUAUGGUGGAUCAACAUCCUCAUCUAAUACAGAGGAUGGAGUCUGGCUACGAAAGCAGUGAGCGCAACAGCAACAGCCCAGUGAGUCUGGACAUGUCCUUGUCUGAAAGCUCAAGCACCCACAGGGAUGUUCAUACGAAGCGAGCAGGUGGAUUUGUUCCUGCUUGGCGUAACAUCCCAAAGUCUCACAGUAGCAGCAUCUUGGAGGUGGAGUCGGCUUCAUCAAUUGGGAGCUGGACAAACAGCCCACACACCACUGGAAAUGGUGGAGACAUCUUUGUUCCUUUAAAGAGUGAGCUGGAUGAAUUGCAAGAAGAGGUGGCAAGGAGAGCCCAUGAGCAAGAACUACGUAGAAAAAGAGAAAAGGAAAUGGAGGCAGCAAUGGGCUUUAAUCCCCGUCCCAGCAGGUUCAUGGAUCUAGAUGAACUGCAGAAUCAGGGGAGGAGUGAUGGCUUUGAGAAGUCGAUGCAGGAAGCAGACUCAAUCUUUGAAGAGUCACUGAAUCAGGAGCAGAAGGGCGAUUGUGCUGCAGCUUUGGCUCUCUGUAACGAAGCUAUAUCUAAACUAAGACUUGCCAUGCAUGAUGCCAGCGCUAGCACUCACAGCAGAGCCCUAGUCGAUAAGAAGCUGCAAAUCAGUAUCCGAAAAGCCCGGAGCCUCCAGGAUCGCAUGCAGCACCAACAGCCACCGCAGCCGCUGCCUCCGCCAGCCUGCCACCCACCACAGGGCGGCACCAUGGCCCAGUCUACAAGUGAACAGACUGGCCCGCUCCAAGUACUGCUGAGCCAGGAGCUACCACUGGAACCCAACAAAGAAGUGGAAUUUGGGUCCAGUUCUUUCUUCCACCCACCUGCUUCCUGCCAUGAAUUGCACUCAUCAUUAUAUCCAGAGUCUUCCUCCUUGCCCCCCUCUGAAAGCAGUCCAUCCAACAGGAUCUCUCCAAACUUCCAGUCUGCUUCUGCUGAUUUUCAUGACCAAGUUCCCUCUUUUCCCUAUAGGCAAGGGUUGACAGAGAGGUCUGCAAGAACUGAGAAUGAUGCCCACAAUAGUGGGGAAUUUGCUGACACGACAGCCACAGGGCCAAAAGACUAUAGGGAUUGCUGCAGUAGCAGCAGGUUAGAAGAGGUUCAUAACAUAAUGCCUAUUCUCACACCUCACUUCAAAUCCAAAGCUAAUACAAUAAACUCUGUGUCUUUGCCUACACUGUUUCCCUGUCCACAUCCACCACAAGCUGCAUCUCCUGAAAGGGACAGCCAGCACAGUCCUUGUUCCAAACUUGCAAGCUCUCCCGUGCGGCCCAACGUUGAUCAUUUAGGGGCCUAUCAUGCAGUGACCUCUGCAACUUCAUCCCCUACACAGCAGUGCUCCUCGGAUCCUUUGCAGAAAAAUAAGUACUCCAGAGCAAACAGCCAGGAGAUGUUAUUACCCUCACAGGGUGAAUAUGGCACAGCAGACGGUUGUAAAUCUGAGGCUUUUAGUACAAAGGGACAUGUUCGCUCCUUGGCAGAGCAGUUUCAGAAAAUGCAUGCAGUCUCCCAGAGAAAAGGUACUCAUGAAAAAGACUGGAUUACUGCAGUGUGUCAGGAUGAGAAGUCUCCAAAGUUAACACAAAAAUCUUUCAUCAGCCGUUCAUCUUCUGGUUACGGACAGCUACUCCAUCAAAACCAAGAAAACAAAAACCAGUCUUCUGAAAAAUUACACUCAGCUGUGGAUAUUAGGGACGGGGUAGUUUCUUUGAAGGGUUUUAGUGCCCAACAUGUUGCUUCUAUGAGUUUUUGUUCUCACAGUGAAGAACUGUGUAGAAGAGGUGGACAGACUAUAGCAGACCCUGCACCCUAUGUGGAAAGGCACUGUCAUGAUGGAGGAAUGAAAGAGGUGGAUGAUGGAGCUGCUAGUAGCAUGGUUGCCUCUAUGCCUGUGGACCAUUGGGUGAAUAAUGUUACUAGGUAUUACAGUUCUCAGAAGGCUAAUAAGAAUACUGAAUGGCUUCCUGUACCUGGGAGGAGUCCACUCCUUUCUGAUCAGAGAGCAGUUGGAGAUGACUUGAGCAGGAUCCCAGUACAUCUGCAUCCACAGUGGAAUCAAGACACAGAACAGGAGCUCUCAGAACUGGAAUCCCUCUAUCAGACUAGUCUGCAGGCAUCUCAGGCCACUAGGCCUUUCUUGGGAAGACAGGACAGUGCUAGGUAUCCAUUUGACCAAUCAGUCUCUGUGAACCUGAGUGUGAGGAAGCUGCCUGCUACAGCUGGCAUGGGUCUGUCGAAAACCCCAACAGCAGAGAUCGAGCGCAGUCUGUGUGGAUCCACUGUCUCUUCUGUCUCCAAGGUCACAUAUACCAGAGAACAUAGCAGGGAACCAGAAGAGGAGGAAAUAUACAGUGCAGAGAAUUUCCGUCGCAUUGCUCGCAGUCUCAGUGGGACAGUUGUCUCAAACAGAGAAGAGACCUUGGUCUCUUCUCACAGUUUUGAAGCACCAAAUACGAGGAAAAUGCCAGUGGACACCAGCCACCGUUCUUCCAGCUCCACUUCCCUUCCUUUCCCCCAUGAUCCUCCUGUAUUUCCCUUUGAUCCCCAGCACAACCCAAACCAGGUGCAGCACCCACCCCAUGAUGUACUGAUGCCCAGCAUGGUGGGCAAGGCACGUAAACUGUCAGGAGAUCAGAAGAACAUCAUCCAGAAACUUCUGGUUGUGCCUGACAGGGGUGAAGCUUUCCAAGGUGAAGACUACCCAGGUGUGGCACUGAGCUAUGGGAGUCUCCCUUGUGUACCCAAAGGCACCCUCUCCCAGGGGCAAAAGCCUCGUGUUAAUUUGCAUUUAGGAGGUGGAGCAUCAAGUGUCUCUGGCCAUUUGCUGAACACAAGUUACUCUGCCAGGCAAACAGCCACUUUACCAGAUAAGCGAACAAUGCUCUGGGGGAAACAUGCUGGCCAGCCAGGCAAGAGUUUACAGGAAGGCUUCCUCCAGCAGCCUUCACAACAUCACAUGCAUGAAUCUCACACCAUCAGUUGCAGACUACCAGCCAGCACAGACUACAGCACUUUAAGAAUACCACGUGAGCCUUCUUGGGAUCCCGGUGCUUCUCAAUGUUGCCCUGUGCCCCCCUCUUGUGUUAAGGCCCCGGGUCCAAGGAGAGUUGAUAUGCCUCCAGAAGAAGACUGGCGAGAGAACAGCUACACCCCUCAGCCUGGCAGAAGGCGAGUGCUGCCAAUGCAUGUGAUGGAUGGGACUUUUUCUUCUGCUUCCGAGGCACACAGAAAUAUGCUGGCUCGAGCAGCAGCAGCUACUGGCACCAUGCAAAACAAUGGCUGGUGAGAUCCCGUCCACUUCAUGUGCCCCAGUACACCACUCUGUGAACUAUGGUUAUUGCCAGAGUGUGGAUUGCAUGGAGACAGGAAACUCUUUCAAUCAGUAUCUGUGCCAGUUGUCUUAAAAUGUAGCUAUACAGUAUGUGGAAACUAAUUGCACUGUAUUUUGUUUCUGACACUACUGAACUGCUGUCUGGAUGGGGAAUCUUAGCUAUUCUAGUCCUGGCCUCUCCUAGCAAACAAGUGCUAUAGGAAUGGUAAUUGGCUUACGGGUAAGUUCUGAAGUGUGCACACGUUUUGGAGGAAGAUGGCAACUAACAAAAGGACAUUUUUAAGGACUCUUUUUCAUGAAAUGUAGCUUUGGUAAAUUCUUCACAUAAAGAAACCAAUCCUUUUGUUCUCCUUCCUCUCUCCUGUUCCUUCCUAGGGGUCCUACUGACCCACCUUCCAGGUUCCAGUAAAUCUGCACUUGGCAGGUGGCAGUUAGUAAAGCAAACAGUUUUCAGUGUUCUGAGAUCUCAUACAGAGAUCACAGCUGUAGUUGCUGCAGAGGAAGUGACAGGGAGAUAUUGUUCAUCAGUAAACCCCAAUUUUCCCCACUUUAGCAAACUAACAAUGCUUCAAACAGAAAAGACUGUUAAUGCUGCACGCUUAGCUACACCAAUGUAAACACAGAAUAAGUUUAACUAUUUUAGUGUCAAACAUACUUGCUUUUGUAAGUAUUUUUCAAAUAAAUCUAUGAAAAUAGUUCUAUUUA